AUGGAGGGUGCACAGCUGCUGCUCUUCCAGGUCAUACGCAGAGUCAUUUUCUGGAUUGAAGACCACGGGCUAUACGUAUCAGUGCAGAAGCCAGAGAUCGUGCUACUUACGAUGAAACACAUCAACACCUUGCGCAGCUUCAUCUUAGGAGACGCGGCGGUCCAGACUAAGUCGGCUGACAAACACUUAGGUAGAAUUCUCGACAGCAAGUUCAAUUUCGGACAGCACAUAAUUAGAGAAACCGACAAGGCGGUAAAAGUAAUAGCCACGCUUGGUACACUCAUGGCCAACGUCAACGCUCCCCGUCCGUGCAUGAGGCAACUACUGAGGUGCGCUACUGAAGCAGUGUUGCUGUAUGGCGCGGAGGUCUGUGCAGAAGUACUGCGAUACGAGACAUACCGCAAGCGCAUAGUGGCGGUACAGAAGAGGGGCGCUCUCCGAAUCUCGUGCUCCUACUGCACGGUCUCUGAGCCCGCGGUGAUAGAGAUUGCGGGGUUAAUCCCAAUCAAUCUACUAGACCAGGGGGAGACAAUUUUUCCACCAACAAAUGCCCUUUUUGGGAAAGGAAGAGGCAACAAGGUUCGCCAGUUCUAG